AUGUUCGCCAUGCUAUGCGCUAACAAUGUAAAUCGCAGCACAGAGGCGCAUGAUCAUCUACAUGCUGCAGGACUACGUGUAUGCUCCUUUGGUGCCGGAAAUCGUGUUCGCUUUCCUGGUCCAUCGCGCGACGAUCCGCGCAUCUACGAGUUCUUUACACCAUAUGAGACCAUGUACAAGGAGCUCAAGGACGAAAAUGCAGAGUUGUUCACGCGAAAUGGGGUGCUGUCUAUGCUGGAGCGAGACAUGCUGACUAAGAAGUGUCCACAACGGUGGCAGGACCUCAGUGUGAAAGAGCUGCAAGAGCUGGACGUGGUAAUUUGCUUUGACGACCGUAUCUUUGAUAUUGUGCUCGAAGAUCUUCAGCUGCGAGGGGCUGCCGGAGGCCCUGAUGGACCGGGAAACGAGCCUACGACGGCCUGGAGGCCGCUCCAUCUGCUCUGUCUGGACACGAAAGAUACACCGGAACACGCCAAAGUAGGCGGGUCAUUGGCUCUCGAACUUUGUCAAGCGAUUGAUGUGCUGAGCAGUCUGAACGACGGUAUCAUCGACGCUAUUCAGGACUUUGAAAGUCGAAAAAGCGUGCAAUUGCUGUACUCACUGAUACAUGUGUAG